AUGAAUAAGAAGUUCAGAUUCACUAUUACCUUUCAGUUUAUAGUGAGUACAUUAGUGAUAUGUUUCACCAUGUAUCAAUUGAGCAAGACAAGCGCAAAGUUCAUCGAAUUAGGCUUAUACAUGUCGUGUAUGUUGACACAAAUCUUCUUGUAUUGCUGGUACGGGAAUGAAGUCAAAUUGAAGGGACUGCAACUAAUUAACGAUAUAUUUGAAAUGGAAUGGCUUGUGUUGGGACAAAGUGCGAAGAAGAACUUAUUAAUAAUCACAAGACGUAGCGCCGUGCCCAUAGAAUUUACCAGUGCCUAUGUUAUUCCAAUCAAUCUUGAAUCGUUUGUGGGUUUACUCAAAAUAUCUUACUCAACUUACAAUAUACUUCAACAAAUGAGAAAUUAGAGUGAGUCAAAAAUAAAUAGAAAAGAGAUGUCGUUGUUGUUAACGUUUUUCAUAUUAUUUAAGUUUGCAAGAAUGUGUAAAUCAAUAAGAGUUAUGAUAAGCAAUUUCAUUUAAUACGAGGGUAGUCUCGAAAACUUCUCGGCCUGACACAUAGAUGGCAUUAGAAACUGUCAA